UUUCCGAAAAAACACAUGGCCCAUACGUAUAUAAAAACUCGUGCCGGUGCUUAGCCUUCAGUAACCGAUCAAUUACAUUCGAGUGAACGUCUCUUCUUAGUGCAUAUAGUCAAUCAUCUCCGAAGAAUCAUGUCCGACGUAAACGUUGACGUCCUACCAACACCUCGGGACAGGGAAUACGUGCAAUCGCUCUUUCAUCACGCUUGCUUCCACGGCGACCUGCUCUGGGCGAAGAAACUUCUGGAGAACAAUCCGGACAUAGACGUGAACGCGGCCGACCGCCACGGCACCGUACCCAUCUUGUACGCGGCCAACCGGGCCAACCACAGGAUCCUGCAGUUCCUCCUGGGCAACGGGGCCGAUCCGAACGUGACGUGGGGCGAUCGCCGUCGUAGCCCUCUUCACCUGAUCUGCAACAUCAGGCGGUGGUUCUUCCUGCCCCGACGUGAUUCCGAGCGCCACUGCGAGAUCGUGAAGCAGAUGGUGAAACGCGGCGGUGGCCACGUCGAUGCCCUCGACGCCAACGGGACCAGUCCGCUGUUUCACCUGUUCAAUUACGUACGGUUCAUCAACUGCAUCGAUUACGACCGAUCGUUCUCAAGCUGGAGACAGAUGCAACUGGACCUGGUGAAACUGCUGCUCUCGUUGGAGGCCGACGCCAAGAUCGUCGACAACGAGGGCCGAACCAUUUUGCACGCCUUCUUUCCGCGCUUCGCGCUCGUUCUCAACGGCUAUCGCGACGAUUCCCGGGGCGCCAAGAUCGUACAACUUCUCCUGGAUCACGGCGCGCCGGUUGACGCCGUCUGUCCCAAGAACGGCCGAACUCCCCUGCAGAUCGCCAUCAGGUCGCUCAACUAUCGCGUGGCCGAGGUGCUAGUGCGCAACGGAGCCCAACUUCCGGAUCUGCUGCAGUUCGAGAGAUCGUUUCCGCUGGCGACAUCUGGCCACGACGACGUCGUCGACAGCGACACCGUCAUCAGGACGUACUUCAUGUGCGUACGUCUGUACGGGAAGGCGAUGACGAGGCGUAAUAUAGACGACGUGCUGCAAUUCUUGGAGCGCGCCCCGACUGCGCCUAAGAACCAUUAUGGAUUCGAAGCGAUUUUGAUGUAUGGUUCCAGAAAAGCCGUCAUUGAUUAUUUCGACGAACUGUGGUUGGCGCUGGAAGAUCGACAGCUUCCCAAAGAAGAAGAUCAACUAGAAUGGAAAAAGUUGAAGAUUCCCGUCUUGAAAGCCUGGACCAUCAUGGAGUUGGGCGACUUUUUUAAGAACGAAGAAACGAAAUCUUUGUUCCGCUAUUUGGAGGAAAUAUUGUGGGGCGAGCGCUUUACUCUCGAUAUCGCAGAGAGAAUAGAAACUCGGGUGAGGCGCGAAGUCUUGCGGGCAGAGCAAACACUAUUGACGGACGGACUGACGCUGCUCGACGUCCUUAAAAGUGAUCCUGAAAUUAUACACGAAGACGAGGUGUACGAUGACAUUUGGAAUGUACUCACGAACAAGUCCGAGUUUGAAGUUAGAUUUGAAUUUACGGGUGAGGUAAUAAAAGGACACAUCGCAAAAAUGCUCCUGAGUAAAUUGCGAGCUGAUUCAAAUGGACGUGAGUGA